CGGGAGGCGGCUCCCGUGCUCCCCACACAGUCGCACUCCGCGCGCUCGCACACUUGGAAGCGCCUCCCCACGGCCCUCCCCUGCCCUGCUCUCGCUCUGCUCCCCGCUCUCUCACCACAAAUAGUCGCCGACCGACUGCCAAUCCGCCUCUCUCUCUCUCUCUCUCUCUCAACAACAUGACUGACUGGGAAGCGGUGGCUCAGGCAGAGCGGCUCUGCUGGCGCAGGCGAGAGAAGCAGGAGGAUUAUUAAAUAACGCAGCUGGACUCUGUGCAACUGGGAGUGGAGAGAAGGAACCCCCCAGCCGAGAAGGGGAGGGAGGGCAGAGGACGGGGUCCAGGAAAGACACCCCAGUGCCCCGAAGACAUAAACCCGGAGUGCCCGGGAAGAGCCUUAACAGGCGGUGCGGAGCCCUCAAGGCUGCUAAGUUGGCUAUCACAGUGCAAGCUUUGGGGUCCCAAUGGGGGACUCGGGAUCAAGACGAUCUACUCUGGUCUCUCGGUUGCCAAUAUUCAGAAGAAGUAUUAGCAGAAGACAUGAUUCUCUUCCUUCUUCGCCCUCUUCCAGUAACACAGCUGGUGUCCACAGUUCCUCUCCUUCCAGCACUAACUCAAGCUCAGGUAGUACAGGUAAACGUAGGAGCAUAUUCCGUACUCCUUCCAUUAGCUUCCACCAUAAGAAGGGGAGUGAACCUAAGCAAGAACCUACCAACCAGAACCUUAGUAUUUCAAAUGGUGCUCAACCUGGUCACAGCAGUAUGCAAAAACUGAGUUUGGAAGAAAAUAUUAAAAUCAGAGGAAGACAUUCUGUUGGUUUUAGUAGUUCACGAAAUAAGAAGAUAACAAGAUCUUUGACAGAGGAUUUUGAAAGGGAAAAGGAACACUCAACUAAUAAGAAUGUCUUUAUAAAUUGCCUAAGUUCCGGCAAAAGUGAGGGGGAUGAUUCUGGAUUCACAGAAGAGCAAACUCGUCGUUCUGUUAAGCAGUCAACAAAAAAGCUGCUUACUAAAUCUUUUUCAUCUCACUAUAAAUUUUCUAAACCAGUUCCACAGAGUCAAUCCAUUUCAUUGGAUCAACAGUCUGAAUUCUCAUUGGAAACUACACAGUACCAAGAGAGAGAACCUGAAUUAGUAAGAGCUUCUCCAUCUUGUUCUGUGGAUGUAACAGAACGGGCAGGAAGCUCUUUACAAUCUCCUUUGCUUUCUGCUGAUCUUACCACAGCUCAGACACCUUCAGAGUUUUUAGCCUUGACUGAAGAUUCUGUGUCUGAAGCAGACGCAUUUUCUAAAAGUGGAAGCAUGGCAUCCCACUGCGACAACUUUGGCCACAAUGAUUCUACCUCUCAGGUCUCUCCCAGUCCUGCUGCUGUUACAAAGGCAACAAUAGACCCUAUGGGAACUGUUUCCUGUGCAAUUAUGUCUCCUGGGAAAUAUAGGUUAGUAGGUCGUUGUAGCACUGAAUCUAAUUCCUUACCAGAAUCCUCUGCUGCUAAUCAGAAGGAAGUAUUAUUGCAAGUCACUGAACUCCCUGUUACCAAUGGGAGUGACUCAGAGACUCACCUAUCAGCAGAUACUCAAGGAGAAGAGCAUGUAGUCUUACAGAAUGGUGAUACAAUGUUGGUGACAAGCUCCCCGAGGAAACUCGGAUUUUAUGAGCAACAUAAAGCAAUAGCUGAACGUGUUAAAGGGAUCCAUCCUGUAUCAGACUCGAGAAUAAUACCUUCUUCUGGGGAUCAUCAUAUUUUUAACAAAACAUGUGGAUAUGAUGCAAAUCCUGCCAAAGUUCUUGCCAGUAGCCUCAGUCCAUAUCGUGAAGGAAGAUUUAUAGAGAGACGACUGCGGUCCUCAUCAGAAGGAACUGCAGGGAGUAGCAGAAUGAUUUUGAAAACAAAAGAUGGAAAUGCAGAAGAAGUUAAUAGUCUAAGAAAGCAAAGAGCAGGUUCAUCGUCUUCAAAAAUGAACAGCAUGGAUGUUUUAAAUAAUUUGGGAUCAUGUGAACUGGAUGAAGAUGAUCUAAUGCUUGAUCUAGAAUUAUUAGAGGAACAGAAUCUUCAUCCUUCUGUUUGCCGGGAGGAUUCAUACCACUCUGUAGUCUCAUGUGCUGCUGUAGUUCUCACUCCCAUGGAGCCAACGGUGGAGGUGAAGAAAAGAGAAGAACUAAAGUUUCCUGAACCUUCCAAACAGAACCUUUCACUGAAAUUAACAAGAGACAUCGAUCAGGAAGCCAGGUGCUCCCACAUUAGCCGCAUGCCCAGCAGUCCAUCAGCAGAUUGGCCCCUGCAAGGUGUGGAAGAGAAUGGAGGCAUAGAUUCUCUGCCUUUCAGACUGAUGCUACAGGACUGCACAGCUGUCAAGACAUUAUUAUUAAAGAUGAAGAGAGUUCUGCAAGAGAGUGCGGAUAUGAGCCCGGCGAGCAGCACCGCUUCACUUCCUGUUAGCCCCCUUGCGGAAGAGCCAUUGCCGUUCAAGGAUAUAAUGAAAGAUGAAUGCUCACUGUUGAAGCUGCAGCUGAAAGAGAGGGAUGAACUCAUUUCCCAACUUCAGGAAGAGCUGGAAAAGGUAAAGCACUUACAGAAGGCUUUUGCUUCAAGAGUAGAUAAAUCCACACAGACUGAAGUUCUAGGCUAUGAUGAUAUAAACCCGAAUGGCUGCUUUAAAAUGCUGGGGCUUAGCAUAGGCCCUGUGGAAUCCUACAUGCACUGAAGGUUUAUUUAAACCAGUACCUAUUUCAACCUAGCUUAAAUCAAUAUUUGACCAUAGGAAUGUAUCAAGAAUUGGUGACAUAUUAAAUGUUGAAUAUGAUCAACUUUCCAUUAUUACAUGUUAGUUAUUUUUCAGAGUAUGUAAAACAGAAAUGUUUCCAUUCCAAAUAUGCAUUUUUUGCAUUUUUACAAAUUGUAUAAAAUAUUUAUAGAAGUUUCAACUAACACAUCCCUACCUUAUUCUUAUUGUACUUUUAAAACAAAAAUAGACUUUUAUUUUACAAUUAUUUCUAUGUGCGACUAUUCUGAAAUGUAAUAUUCCACUUGGCAGUAUAUAUUUUUUGUUCAAGUUUCUCAUCCAUAUGAUUUGUCUCUGUGGUUGUAGUCUUCAUUUAAUUUUACCACAUCUUCUAUGUACAUUGGGUAAGUUUAUAAAAAUGCUUCAAGUUUCUCCCAUCCAAGUGCUACAGUUUCUACUGAAGAACUGAAUGGUCUCUAUUUUCUCUUGUACUGAGAUAAAAAGAUGAAAGCAAUAUGUCUUCAAAUGGAAUAAUGAAGAGGUACAUUCUAACUACAGAAAAUCAAAAACCUAUAUCGCUAAACAAGUGAAGAAACUUUUUUGGAUGUGAAUCUUACAUUCAGGGAAGUUUCUUGAAUGUGUCAAUGAAUGAAAGCCUAUCUCCUGGACUUGCCACCUCCACCUGAUUUUGGCUUGUGUCUGUUUGCUGACUUUCUAUAAUAGUUCACUUUGAUUAUCAAGUGGCUAGGAGGCAACAAGGCACCCUUGAAUGUGGUGGUUUAUUGCAGGGAUGAGUGAUGGAACCCAGAGAGUGGCUCAGUGUUGUGGGCGGGGUUCAGGGGAACAGAACAGUUGCAGAGCUGAGAAGAGAAGCAAUGAAAUAAUCAUGGUCAAUGGUAGCAUCAUUCAGAAAUAUGUUAUAAAAUUUCUUGAAUUAUUUGAACUACUAUGUAACAUAUAAUGUGCAUGAUCAAAUGCUGGGUUUAAACUACAGUAUUAAAAUCAAAUUAUAAUUAUUUAUUUACAUAAAAACAUUCUACACCUCCUUGUUGACUUUGCCACUUAAAGCAGCACCUUUUAUGAUUCCAGAUUCAAAACCUGUUUCUGUAACAGUUUUCUAGAGGUUAUUCUUCUAUCCUAUCCCUUUCUCUUUCUUUUUAUUGUUCUAUUUUAUAUUUGAAACCUUUAAAUGUAGACAGUAUAACAACCCCCAUCACCUACAAUAAAGAACUUGCCUGGUAAGAUUUUUAUCAACUGGAAAAGUAAAUAUCGUUUUGAAGAAGAAAGAUUUCAAUUAAAGAUAUUUUGACUAAGAUACAAAGAAAAAAAACCCUUUGUAUUAGCAAAUAGAUUAAGUCAAUAAAGAAAGGUACUUUUUGCCUCAAAAGCAAUGUAGCAGAAGCUAUCAAUACAGACUACAAACAAAACAAAACAAACAAAAAAAAGAUACCUACUUCAAAUGGUACAAUUCUAUGAUUUCUCUUUAACACCAGUAAGACAUUUCAGUGCUGCCUGCUUGGAAAACAGGUUAAUUUUAUUUUCAUGGAGAAACAUAUUUGGAUUUUCUCACAAUCUUUAUUAUGUAAUCUGUCCAUUUGCCAUAAAAUGUUUUGUAUUUAUUGAUUACAUUAAAAGUGAAUUAAAAUCAGGGAUAAACAUGGGGUGUUGUUAUUGUUUUUAGAGAAGUGUGUGAGAACCAUUGUCAUUGCUGUACUAUAUCUCAGGGUGUAAUAAAACUAAGGUUGAUAAUUAUUCCCCAAAGAAGAAGGAAGAUGCAUCAAAGUGCAUCUGCCUGUUGCAAAUAGUGCAACCUCAGUAUUUACUGCUGACAGGAAACACUGUGUGCUUUACAAUUAUGCCUGAAUAUUUAUGCUUGACAAUCAUCAGCUGAAAAUAAGAGGUGGGAAAAGCUUAACUAUAUUCAUUUUCCAAAUAAGAAAAGCAGAGUUUGAAGAGGUUGAGUGACUUUCUCAAGAGACUUUCUAACAGGUGUCAGAGCCAUAGACUGUGCUCAGGUAUUCCAAAUCAAAGGUCAGGAUUUUGUUUGUUUUCCUGAUUUCAGAAUGCUCAUGGAUUGCAUGAAUGUAAACCUCAAUAUGACAAAUUAUAGAUGUAUUCAAUAUUACAUGUGCAAAUAUAUAGGUAACUAUAUACUGUAUAUGUGUUAUAUUAUUAAAACUUGAAUUUCUCUAAAUCUAUGUAUGGGUCAGAAAUAAUUUUGAUGAUUUAUCAUGUUAAUGGUUAACUAAGAUAUGUAAUAUAUAAGCUAAGGAAAUAAUUUUAUGAUACUAAGAAAUAUUUAUUUAAAUAUAGAGAAGUUCUAAGAAGGAAAACCUGGACACCUUUGCUAGAUAUUUUUACAGUUGUUAACACAUAUUUUUAUCUAUAUUUAAAAUGAUUCUGAAAAUUUAAUUUGUAGUUCCCUGAAAUAUAUGCAUGUUAAAUGUUUUUAUUUAGCAUAUUUUAAAAAUAUAAGCAACUUAUUCUUCUUGGUUAAAAUUAUGACAUAUGCUUGUUUUAAAAGAUUUUUGAUAAUUCUAAAAUAACAUUUAUUGUGCACAUAUGGAUUUUAUUAUGACACAUGAAAACUUCCUUGCUAAACUGUUCAAAAUUAUAUAAUUUUGCAUAACUACCUAAAUUUGAUAUUGUUUUAAACAUUGUUUAUGUAGAAAACAAAAUGUACUUCCUUUCCCACACUUAAUUGGAUGCUAGCAAUGUCCAAACUGGAAGCAGGAAUGUCCAAAUUUAACAAAGGGAUGCUUUUCAUGUUUUGUAUUUUGUGCCUAUUUGUCCUUAUAGGACUUUCUAAAUAUAGUUCCAGCCUAUCUUAAUUUUUCAUGUCUAAUCAGUCUUUCUAAAAAUAAAAAAUAAAAAAUU